GUGGAAAUGGAUUUAAUCUGAGAGACCGAAAGGGAGGCUGUGGGCGAGGACUAGAACGCCCCACGUUUGUAAAGCGCUUUGCACAAGACAGGAGUGCCUGCUUAGCCUGCGGCAUGCCCAGAGCACGGGGUUGGAACCCAUGCACCUCGGACUCCAGGCAGUCGUGCAGUUCUACGCGGGAAGUAGAAGCAGGAUCCGGAGUUAAAGGGAGCCCUGGAGGCUGAGUCUGCUCUGCCCUGUCACCCUUGACCACCUGUAUCGAAGACCCAGGUGGAACUGGCCCUCAGCGGAAUGCAGGCCCUCCACCUUCAGCACCGCAGCCCCCGCAGCUACAGGGUCAAGGCUAGGGCCUCCUAUGUGGAUGAGACCCUGUUUGGCAGCCCGACAGGAACCAGGCCUGCUCUACCAGACUUUGACCCACCCUGGGUACAGAAUGGUAACAGAUCCAGAGGAGGGGGCCCAGAGCCACCAAAGGUCUCUCUGACCAAGAGAGACAGUGAGUCCACCCCUUCCAGGGGCAGCACCCCAAACCUCACACCAAGGAAGAAAAACAAAUACAGGUUGAUUGGCCACACCCCAUCCUACUGUGACGAGUCACUGUUUGGUUCCCGGCCACAGGGCAGCAGCAAGGAGGGGUCUCGCACAGCCAUGGGAGAUGCUGCCAAGCUCUGGACCCUUUUCUGGACACCACCAGCCACCCCUAGGGGCAGCUGCUCACCUCGCCCCAGGGAGAGCCCACUCCGAGCCAUUCACCCAGCUGGAGCCUCCAGGACAGAGUCCAGAGUGGACACGGGUUCCCAGAAGAUGUCCCAGGAUGGGUUGGAUGUUCCCCAUUCCCUGGGGCGGAGGCGUUCCCAAUCACUCACCCAUCUAACUGUCCCCAGCAUGGUUCAUCCGGCUUCCAGUGUCUCCCAGACCAAUGGGCCUUGGAGUCCCCAGCCUUCCACAUCAGGGGUGACUGUCCAGAGUCCCCUGGUCACUCCCAAGGCACGGUCAGGCAGUGUUUCAGGGCCAGCUGCCCCUCAGCGAGGCGCUGGCCCCCCCAAGCCAAAGCCUCCUUGGAAAUGAGGUUCCCACCAGGAAAGCCUUUGGCUCACAGCCCAGUCUUAGCUCAGGUGGGGUCCUCUGGGGACCAGUGUCUCAGGGCCCCCAAGCGCUGGAGAAGCCUCCAUGGGACUCCAUGGAUGACCCUCACCAUCCGUUGUCCCCACAAGCUCAGGAUGACCCUAGCCUUUCCUGGAGGAUAUUUGGGGUCCUCAAGAUGUCUCUUUGGCCAUGUCUCAGCCGCUUUCUGCAUCAGUGCCAAACUCUACCCAGCUCCUUGCUCAGGAUUCGGGUUCUACAGGGGUUUGGAGGCCUUAAGGGAGUGCUCUGGGCUGUGUAUGGGCCCCACGGGUGGAACAUGGGGAGGCAUGUUAAUAUUCACAUGUUUAUUCUAUGUAUUAAAUGUAUUUAGCGACCCAAA